AUGACCACCCCUUCAGCCUCCUCUGUCCCGCUUGCUCCGCCUUCGUUACCUCUGCCGACCGAGCUCGAACAGUUGCUCCUCUCGCAAUCGCAACUGCAGCACACCCUCGCGUCGUUACAGCAACUUGCCACUAGAUUAAGCGAGCUAUCGCAAGCUAGGAAAGAAGGUAAUGGGAGGAUGGAUAUCGCUGUCGAUCUUGGGAUGGGGUACACGAUUCAAGGGGUCGUGUGAGUGCUGCCAAGGGAUCAAUCGGAUGGGCGAGCAGCCGAAUGCUGACGGAAGUACACAUACUGGUGGGACCGCAUAGACCGAAUACGGACAAGAUUAUCGUCGCCAGUGGGGUGCAGGACCUUUGGGUGCAGCUUCGAGUCGACGAGGCGGAGAAGUUCGUCGCGAAAAGGCACGAGAUCUUGCAAAAGUGAGCCCGGAGCUCGUGCGGGGAUAGUUCCGUCCACGUGGGAGAUAUGCUGACGCUGUUGCAUACCUCUCAGACGAUCAGAGUCGCUGGACAAGGAGGUUGAUAAGCUGAGGCAAGAAUAUGCGCUCGUAAGUGGGGACAGCCCGGAUUUCAUUUCCUGGCUUGACCGAUCGGAGCUCCCGACAAUUAAUGCAGGUGUCCUUACCAUUUAGGUCGCCGAGACCCUUCGAAGAGCUUUAGCACCACCCAGUACCGACGUGGACGACGACGCCUGA